AUGACAUUGUUAGUCUGUCUGUCUCUCUGUCUCUGUCUCUGUCUCUGUCUCUCUGUCUCUGUCUCUGUCUCUCUGUCUCUGUCUCUCUGUCUCUCUCUCUGUCUCUGUCUCUGUCUCUGUCUCUGUCUCUCUGUCUGUCUCUGUCUCUCUGUCUGUCUCUCUGUCUCUGUCUCUGUCUCUGUCUCUGUCUCUGUCUCUCUUUCUCUGUCUCUGUCUCUGUCUCUCUCUCUGUCUCUGUCUCUGUCUCUGUCUCUGUCUCUGUCUCUGUCUCUGUCUCUGUCUCUCUGUCUGUCUCUCUGUCUCUGUCUCUGUCUCUGUCUCUGUCUCUGUCUCUGUCUCUGUCUCUGUCUCUGUCUCUCUCUCUGUCUCUGUCUCUCUCUCUGUCUCUCUCUCUCUGUCUCUCUCUCUGUCUCUCUCUCUCUUAGUGGCAGUUUGAGCAGCUCGUCGUCGUCGUUCCUGGUAUUGGAAUCCCUCUUGCUCAAAGCAGGCUCGUCUCGAGGAUAUCUGCGCAGCGCCAAUAUGAGCUGGUUUCGCGAUACCUUGAAAUCGGCCGUCAAGUCGAUCGACAAAGUAUUGGACAUUCAAGAAGACGGCGACACCCUCAUUGAUGAGUCCAUAUCUGACGCCUCGGGCCUGACCAACGUCUUCCGUGGCCCAAACUCGGUCUCUGGUUUGGAGCAAGAUGGCUCCUUACCAACCCCUUCUGACACUGGCAUCGGGUCAACCCCCUCUGACAUGAUGCCUCAACCUUCCGAGCCGGCGACUGCCAGCAGUGCUUCUCAGGAGGCGCGGGCCCGUUCGAAGCUCGGCGCACGUCGGAGCAAACCAGCCGGCGGUCGUUCACAACGGCUCAAGGAGAAGAAUGAAACUUCCACCGCCUCAGAAGCCCCCGUGACCCUCACUGAGCCUGCCUCACCCGUUGUACCUCAGUCUCCAGGCCCCUUUGAUGCAUCGGAUGGCGGCGAUGGGAAGCGUGCCGAGCCCCAGCUGCCUGACAACCUUGAAAAACCAGUCGUAGCUCCAGUUUUGAGCCCUGACCCUUCGGUAUCUCAACCCGAGCCAACGACGCAGCAGUCCGUUGCUGCUGCCACUUCCACUUCUGCCUUGGAUGAAGAGUCCUCGCCUCUCGAAACAUCCAUUGUUGUGCCCGACGUUGAUUCAGACGGCAACAGUACGGCGCACCCGGACAGCCUUUUAUCGGAGCCGCCAGUCUCGGCACUCACCCCCACCCCCAUCGAAAAUGCUUCUGUGGCCCCGGAUGACAUUGAGCCUCCCAGCUCAGAGGCUGAGCCAGCAAUACCCGAAACCAUCAAUGAGGCAGCGCCGUCAGAAUCUGAUGAACGGGGACCAGAAGCUCCAACGGCCGAUGAUGCAGGAGCGUUACCGUCCGAGUUUGAAUCUGAGCCAUCAACCCUUGCGCCCCAGGAUAAUCCAGUGCCCCUCACUAGUGAAGUAGAAUUCGUAGCUCCCCAGACCGACGACAACUCUGCAGAUGCUGGGGGCGCGUCAUCAGUACCCGACGCAAAAAACGCGCAGCCGGGUGCCGCCAGUGACGUACAAGGCGCUUGGGAGGACCCAGAUCUUGAUCUGGAUUUGGACGUGGACGACAGUCCCUCCUUGAAUACGACAGCAGAUCCAGAACAGCCGGUGGCGUCCACUUCUCCCGCUCGGCUGCCGAGCAAUCCUGCUCUGGAUUAUCCCACCGUCUCCGCCGUGCGCGUCGAGGCUACAGCAGAUGCAAAAGACUCCGAACAAUAUGACGUUCCUGCAACUCAGCAGCUUCCUCUCUCAGCUGAAGACCCCGCAACCGAGGCACCACCGGGCCAGGAAGUUGAUGAGAAUCAGUUGCCAGCUAGUGCAUCGUCGAGUGUCCCCGACACUGCGCCCGUAUCCCUUCCAGUCGACGCCACAGCUGAUUCAGUGGCCCACCAAUAUGCACAGAAAGUGGCCAAUCUUGCCAUUCAGCUCAACGCCCGCGAAGAGAAAUUGCUGCUUCUGACCCAAGAGUGCGAGGAUUUGCGCGAGAAAGUGGCCGUGCUGCAGAGCCAGAAUGAUCAACUGGAGGACCAAUUGGAGCAGGACCAUCAAUCUGAGUUGGAGGCACUAACCCAGGAGUUCACCUCGCGACUGUCCACUUUGGAAAACAAGCUCCGCGAUGUCGUGCGCGAGCGUGACACCCUUCGGGCCCAGUAUGAGCAUAUCACGCAAACGUCGACUUCAGCUGCGACCAAGGCGCAAAAGGCCAUGCAGGAUACCAUCGAGGAAAAGGAUGCCAUGCUUGAGGCACUUCGGGCGGAGGCAAAGCGCAUUGAGGACCAGCGCCACAAAUCGUCCAACAUCAACAUUAAGCUGCAAAAGAAAAAUAAGGAAUUGGAGGAGUCUGUGUCUACUUUGUCCAACAAGCUUGCAACGAGUGAACAGAAAGUCGGCGAGCUGACCCAACGUCUCGAGGAGAAAAAACGGGCAGAAAAGGAUUAUCAAAAGGCUACGACCGAGGUAUCUUCUUUGAACGCCGCACAAAGCAAGAAACUGCAUGCGCUGGAGCAGCAGACUACAGAGCAACAACAGCGGAUCAGCACGCUUGAGAGCUCGUUGGACAAAGCGUUCCGGGAGCAAGAGAGUCUUCGUCAGGAGAAGGAAGCCUUGAGCCUUCAACUGCAGGAUGCGCGCGCAGACGCGCAAGCCGUUGCGCAGGCCGACCUGCAGGGGCAGCUUGAACAAAAGUCCAACGAAGUUUCCUUGCUGACUGCGGAGUAUCAAGCGCAAAUUGAUGAUCUCCACACUGCAUUGGCGCGGGCCGAGGCCAACGCAAGCCGUCAGGAAGCACGUUUGCGUCAGGAUAUUGAGGAUAUGCACGAGCGACUGAGACAAACGGAGGAGCGCGGGCAAGAGCUCUCCAUGAGCGUGACCUCGGCGACGCAGCCGCUCCUGCGACAGAUUGCUGAUUUACAGGAGGGGGCUUCGCGUCAGCAAUCGGCGGCCGAGGCCGUUGAAAGCACGCUGCGGCAACAGAUUGACCAGCUGCGAGGCCACAUGGCGGUGCUUGAGGAGCGCGAGCGAGAUGCCAGCAGUGACUUGGGCUUGGUCAAUAGCAAAUUGACGGCGGCACAGGAAAAGUCUGCAAGCCUUCGCAAGGAACUGACUUUGCUUCGGAGUGAGCACGAGUCGAUGAAGCAAACGUGGGAGGAGGCACAAUCAGAGUGCACUCGACUGCAGGGAGUCAACAAGCGCCUCCAGGGAGAUCUGCAUGAAGCGAUGUGCCGCAUUCAGCAGAUGCAGGUGGAUGCGGAGCGACGGCUGACAGCGGAGCGUCAACGCCUCCAAGAGGAACACACACAAGCCUUGAGCGCACUGGAGCAAAGGCAUCGCACCGAAGUGGGCGAGAUGCAACAGCGGACACCUAUGAAGCGCCCAUCAGUCGACAUUGGCAGUUAUGGCGGGGGUGAUGCACCACCAAUGUCUCCGGGUGGCGGCACUGGUGUUGUGGCGCUUCGCAUGCUUGUUGGAGUAGGUUAUGAAGUGGCCUCCUCUCUUUCUCGGUCGGCGUUGAACCGGGCACGUGACCAACUCUCCGAGGAGGUCAUGCAAUUGGUGCAACGGAACGAGGACCUUCAAGCCGCUGCAGCGCAGUUGGACGAUGUCAAGGCUUCAUAUGACGAUUUGUCCAACCGGUAUCAACUCAUGCUACAAAUGUACGGCGAGAAGGCAGAGGAGGCGGAGGAGCUGAAGAUGGAUCUGGAGGAUGUCAAGGGGGAGCUGAAGCGUCAGAUGCAGAUGUUCCUCGUGCAGAUUGAGGAUCUCAAGGGCAAAAAUUGA